UCGCUCGCUCUCGGCUGCCGCUCUUGCUGCGGCUGCGGCUGGGGCUGGGGGCGGCGGCGGCGACGCGGGCGGCGGGCGGCGCGGGGCGGUCCGGCGGGUUCAAAGAGGAAAACAUGGCGGAAAACAAAGGCGGCGGCGAGGCUGAGAGCGGCGGCGGGGGCAGCGGCAGUGCGCCGGUAACUGCCGGGACCGCCGGGCCCGCGGCGCAGGAGGCGGAGCCGCCUCUCGCCGCGGUGCUGGUGGAGGAGGAGGAGGAGGAAGGCGGCAGGGCCGGCGCGGAGGGCGGCGCGGCCGGGCCCGACGACGGGGGGGUGGCCGCGGCCUCCUCGGGCUCGGCCCAGGCUGCUUCAUCCCCUGCGGCCUCAGUGGCCCCCGGAGUUCCCGGGGGCGCGGUAUCGACGCCGGCUCCAGCUCCAGCUUCGGCUCCCGCUCCGGGUCCCUCCGCAGGGCCGCCUUCUGGACCGCCAGCCUCGCUCCUGGACACCUGCGCCGUGUGUCAGCAGAGCUUGCAGAGCCGGCGUGAGGCGGAGCCCAAGCUGCUGCCCUGUCUUCACUCCUUCUGCCUGCGCUGCCUGCCGGAGCCGGAGCGCCAGCUCAGCGUGCCCAUCCCGGGGGGUAGCAACGGCGACAUCCAGCAAGUUGGUGUAAUACGGUGCCCAGUAUGCCGCCAAGAAUGCAGACAGAUAGACCUUGUGGAUAAUUAUUUUGUGAAAGACACAUCUGAAGCUCCUAGCAGUUCUGAUGAAAAAUCAGAACAGGUAUGUACUAGUUGUGAAGACAAUGCAAGUGCAGUUGGCUUUUGUGUAGAAUGUGGAGAGUGGCUGUGUAAGACAUGUAUUGAAGCACAUCAAAGAGUAAAAUUUACUAAAGAUCACUUGAUCAGGAAGAAAGAAGAUGUCUCAGAGUCUGUUGGAGCAUCUGGUCAACGCCCUGUUUUCUGCCCUGUACACAAACAAGAGCAGUUGAAACUUUUCUGUGAAACAUGUGAUAGACUGACAUGUAGAGACUGUCAGCUAUUGGAACACAAAGAACAUAGGUACCAGUUUUUGGAAGAAGCUUUUCAAAAUCAGAAAGGUGCAAUUGAGAAUCUACUGGCUAAACUUCUUGAGAAGAAGAAUUAUGUUCAUUUUGCAGCUACUCAGGUGCAGAAUAGGAUAAAAGAAGUAAAUGAGACUAACAAACGAGUAGAACAGGAAAUUAAAGUGGCCAUUUUCACCCUUAUCAAUGAAAUUAAUAAGAAAGGAAAAUCUCUGUUACAGCAGCUAGAGAAUGUUACAAAAGAAAGACAGAUGAAGUUACUACAGCAGCAGAAUGACAUCACAGGCCUUUCCCGGCAGGUGAAGCAUGUUAUGAACUUCACAAAUUGGGCAAUUGCAAGUGGCAGCAGCACAGCACUACUGUACAGCAAGCGACUGAUUACUUUUCAGUUGCGUCAUAUUUUGAAAGCACGGUGUGAUCCUGUCCCUGCUGCUAAUGGAGCAAUACGUUUCCAUUGCGAUCCUACCUUCUGGGCAAAGAAUGUAGUCAAUUUAGGUAAUCUAGUAAUAGAGAGUAAACCAGCUCCUGGUUAUACUCCUAAUGUUGUAGUUGGGCAAGUUCCUCCAGGGACAAACCACAUUAGUAAAACCCCUGGACAGAUUAACUUAGCACAGCUUCGACUUCAGCACAUGCAACAACAAGUGUAUGCACAGAAACAUCAGCAGUUACAACAGAUGAGGUUGCAGCAACCACCAGCACCUGUACCUACUACAACAACAACAACACAACAGCAUCCUAGACAAGCAGCCCCUCAGAUGUUACAACAACAGCCUCCUCGAUUGAUCAGUGUGCAAACAAUGCAGAGAGGCAACAUGAACUGUGGAGCUUUUCAAGCCCAUCAAAUGAGACUGGCUCAGAAUGCUGCCAGAAUACCAGGGAUACCCAGGCACAGCGGCCCUCAGUAUUCCAUGAUGCAGCCACACCUCCAAAGACAACACUCAAACCCAGGGCAUGCUGGACCCUUUCCCGUAGUAUCGGUACACAACACCACAAUCAACCCAACGAGCCCUACUACAGCAACUAUGGCAAAUGCAAACCGAGGUCCCACCAGCCCAUCUGUUACAGCACUAGAGCUAAUUCCCUCGGUUACCAAUCCAGAAAACCUUCCAUCGCUGCCAGAUAUUCCACCCAUACAGUUGGAAGAUGCUGGCUCAAGUAGUUUAGAUAAUCUACUAAGUAGAUACAUCUCAGGCAGUCACCUACCCCCACAGCCUACAAGCACCAUGAAUCCUUCCCCAGGACCCUCUGCCCUUUCUCCAGGAUCAUCAGGUUUAUCCAAUUCUCACACACCUGUGAGACCCCCUAGUACUUCUAGUACUGGCAGUCGAGGCAGCUGUGGGUCAUCAGGAAGAACUGCUGAGAAGACAAGUCUUAGUUUCAAAUCUGAUCAAGUGAAGGUCAAGCAAGAACCUGGGACUGAGGAUGAAAUAUGUAGCUUUUCAGGAGGUGUGAAACAAGAAAAAACAGAGGAUGGCAGGAGGAGUGCUUGCAUGUUGAGCAGUCCUGAGAGUAGCUUGACACCACCUCUCUCAACCAACCUGCAUCUAGAAAGUGAGUUGGAUACAUUGGCAAGCCUGGAAAACCAUGUGAAAACUGAACCUACAGAUAUGAAUGAAAGCUGCAAACAGUCAGGGCUCAGCAGCCUUGUUAAUGGAAAGUCCCCAAUUCGAAGCCUCAUGCACAGGUCAGCAAGGAUUGGAGGAGAUGGCAACAGCAAAGAUGAUGACCCAAAUGAAGACUGGUGUGCUGUCUGCCAAAAUGGAGGGGAUCUCUUGUGCUGCGAAAAAUGUCCAAAGGUCUUUCAUCUAACUUGUCAUGUUCCAACACUACUUAGCUUUCCAAGUGGGGACUGGAUAUGCACAUUUUGUAGAGAUAUUGGAAAGCCAGAAGUUGAAUAUGAUUGUGAUAAUUUGCAACAUAGUAAGAAGGGGAAAACUGCACAGGGGUUAAGCCCCGUGGACCAAAGGAAAUGCGAACGUCUUCUGCUUUACCUCUAUUGCCAUGAAUUAAGUAUUGAAUUCCAGGAGCCUGUUCCUGCUUCGAUACCAAACUACUAUAAAAUUAUAAAGAAACCAAUGGAUUUAUCCACCGUGAAAAAGAAGCUUCAGAAAAAACAUUCCCAACACUACCAAAUCCCAGAUGACUUUGUGGCUGAUGUCCGUUUGAUCUUCAAGAACUGUGAAAGGUUUAAUGAAAUGAUGAAAGUUGUUCAAGUUUAUGCAGACACACAAGAGAUUAAUUUGAAGGCUGAUUCAGAAGUAGCUCAGGCAGGGAAAGCAGUUGCAUUGUACUUUGAAGAUAAACUCACAGAGAUCUACUCAGACAGGACCUUCGCACCUUUACCAGAGUUUGAGCAGGAAGAGGAUGAUGGUGAGGUAACUGAGGACUCUGAUGAAGACUUUAUACAGCCCCGCAGAAAACGCCUAAAGUCAGAUGAGAGACCAGUACAUAUAAAGUAAAAUGACAUGGAUUAAAAUCAAUUGUUU